GCUAAGUCUUUAUCAUGCUGCUCCCAUCCCCUGUAAUCACAUCUUAUAUUAUCCUGACAGGUCUGCAAAUGCCACCCAUGAAGUCAUCAAUGUCACCCUCCACACUACGCUGGCUGCUACUACCAGACUGGUGGUACCUACGCCUGCUAAACCUAUCCUUCCAGUUCAGACUGGAGUCCAAGCACAGCAAGAGGAGCAAUCUAGUGGCAUGACGAUUUUUUUUAGUCUUCUUGUUUUAGCUAUCUGCAUCAUAUUGGUGCAUUUACUGAUAAAAUACCGACUUCAUUUUUUACCAGAAAGUGUGGCUGUUGUUUCUUUAGGUAUCCUUAUGGGAGCUUUUAUAAAAAUCAUAGAAGCUCAGAAGCUGGCCAACUGGAAGGAAGAAGAAAUGUUUCGUCCAAAUAUGUUUUUUCUGCUUUUGCUUCCACCUAUUAUAUUUGAAUCUGGAUAUUCAUUGCACAAGGGUAAUUUUUUUCAGAACAUUGGUUCCAUCACUCUGUUUUCUGUAUUUGGCACUGCAAUAUCAGCUUUCAUUGUAGGUGGAGGAAUUUAUUUCCUGGGCCAGGCUGAUGUAAUUUAUAAACUCAACAUGACAGACAGUUUUGCAUUCGGCUCUUUAAUAUCUGCAGUUGACCCUGUGGCUACUAUUGCCAUUUUCAAUGCCCUCAACGUAGAUCCUGUACUUAACAUGUUGGUUUUUGGAGAAAGCAUUCUCAAUGAUGCAGUCUCUAUUGUCUUGACCAACACAGCGGAAGGUUUGACAAGAGAAAAUAUGUCAGAUGUAAGUGGAUGGCAAACCUUCCUACAGGCACUGGGAUACUUUCUUAAGAUGUUUUUUGGCUCUGCAGCGCUUGGCACACUUACUGGUCUUAUUUCUGCAUUAGUGCUAAAGCACAUUGAUUUAAGAAAGACACCCUCGCUGGAGUUUGGGAUGAUGAUUAUCUUUGCUUACCUUCCUUACGGACUUGCAGAAGGUAUCUCACUCUCAGGUAUCAUGGCAAUCCUCUUCUCUGGUAUUGUGAUGUCUCACUAUACACACCAUAACUUGUCCCCAGUUACACAGAUUUUAAUGCAGCAGACACUGAGAACUGUUGCUUUCAUGUGUGAAACAUGUGUUUUUGCUUUUCUUGGCCUGUCAAUUUUUAGUUUUCCUCACAAGUUUGAAAUGUCCUUUGUCAUCUGGUGCAUAGUACUUGUUCUGUUUGGUAGAGCAGUGAAUAUUUUCCCACUUUCCUACCUACUCAACUUUUUCCGUGAUCAUAAAAUCACCCCCAAAAUGAUGUUUAUCAUGUGGUUCAGUGGUUUACGUGGUGCAAUUCCCUAUGCCCUCAGCCUCCACUUGGGCUUGGAACCAAUAGAGAAGCGGCAGCUCAUUGGGACAACAACAAUCAUCAUAGUACUGUUCACAAUUCUGCUGCUGGGAGGAGGAACUAUGCCUCUUAUCAGACUGAUUGACAUUGAGGAUUCCAAAGCACGCAAGAGGAACAAAAAGGACAUUAAUCUUAGCAAGACAGAGAAGAUGGGAAAUACCAUAGAAUCUGAACAUUUAUCAGAGCUCACAGAGGAGGAAUAUGAAGCCCAGUACAUAAAACGCCAGGACCUCAAAGGAUUUAUGUGGCUUGAUGCCAGGUAUUUGAAUCCUUUCUUCACCAGAAGACUCACACAAGAGGACUUGCAUCAUGGGCGCAUACAGAUGAAAACCCUCACGAACAAAUGGUAUGAAGAGGUACGACAAGGACCCUCAGGAUCUGAAGAUGAUGAGCAAGAGCUGCUGUAACAGACUAGGGCAGGAGUGCAAUGAGUUUAUCAUUAGAGCAUUAAAAUAUCAAGAGUCUGACUGCAGAAA